AUGGAUAUAUUGGAGUUUGCUAAAAAAUUAAGUGCCGGUAAACACCAUGCAGCGCGAAAUGAUGAUGUCUUCAUCGACAGACUCAAUCAUAGAUAUACGGUGACAAUGAUCUUAGUUUUCGCAGGUAUUGUUACCACCCAACAAUACUUCGGUGCGCCAAUUACGUGUUGGGUGCCUGCCCAAUUCACAGGUGGUUAUGAAAAAUAUGCAAAUGAUAUAUGUUGGAUCAUGAAUACGUAUUAUGUGCCAAUGGAACAUGAUAUUCCACAUGCUGAGAAUACUCGAUAUGAACGAAUGCUUAAAUACUAUCAAUGGUCGCCAUUUAUCCUGAUGUUUAUGGCACUUUGUUUUUAUUUUCCUCGUAUGAUCUGGCGAUCAUUAAAUAAUAAAUCAGGUCUCGACAUCGAGAAGUUAGUCGACCAAGCCAUGAAGCAAGAGCAACAAGAAAAUCCGACUGCAGAACGAGAAAAAGCGGUUGAUUACAUUUACAAUUCGAUUCGAGUAUAUAUCGAAAAUCGUUACACAAGUCCAAUACCCCAUCACCAUCGUUCGAAAACGGUUCCUCAAAAAUUCUGGUAUCAUGUGGCCUUCUGGCGUCAUCGUCAUCUAAGUGCUUAUCUUGUCGUACUUUUCACAUUCGUUAAAUUACUAUUCCUUAUCAAUUCAUUAAUCCAAAUCUUUCUCUUGAAUGCUUUCCUAGGUAAUGAAUAUCAUCUAUUUGGUUUCGAAGUCAUUAACAAAUUUAUGCGCGGUCUCGAUUGGGGUGAAUCAAAACGAUUUCCACGUGUCACACUGUGUGAUUUCCAUAUUCGAGAAGUUGGCAUCGUCCAUCGUUAUACAGUUCAAUGUGUUUUACCAAUCAAUUUGUUCAAUGAGAAAAUCUUUCUUGUUCUCUGGUUCUGGAUUUUACUCUUAGCCGCAUUCAACAUAGGUGAUUUCUUAGCUUGGCUCUUUCGUAUUAUUCGUGUUGAUAAUCGUUCCGCUUACGUCCGACGCAAAUUGAUGAUGCAAAACAUCUCUCUCACUAAUUCUGGUGAUCACAUUAGUCAACAAAAACGAUUAGAUGAAGAAAUACGAAUUAAACAGUUCGUCCGAGAUUAUCUACAAGAAGACGGCUGUUUUGCACUUCGAUUAUUAGCAAGAAAUGGACAAGAUAUUAUCGUCGGUGAAAUUAUUGAUCGGUUGUAUAAACACUAUUGUGAAACGUAUCCGGACAAACAUUUAAACAAUGAUCAUUCCAUUGAGCCUUCCAAUGGUCAAUCACAAUAUUCAUCUCGUUCAGCCACACAUCCAAAUGGCGCUCCGCAAUACUCGACAACCUGGAAUAAAAUCAAUAACGAUGAUGAAGAAAAGAAUUUAGUUUAA